UUUCGUUAUUUCUGAAAGAAGGCAGGAAUUUCUAUCGAAAUUUCUGCAAACAUGAUUUCUAUAAUUACAUAAAAAUAUAUUCGACAUUCUGUUAUAUUUUUCAAAUUGACCAGUAUUUUUAUACAUUUUAAAUUACAAAAAAAAAAGAAAUGAUGCGGUUAGGAGAUAAAUGUACUUGUAAGGACAAAAUAUCAUCACCCAUUACAAAAUACACGGAGCUAGAUCCCGCUCUAUGUCUGGAGCUGCGAAAAAUCGUGAACACUCUAAUCGCACCAGGAAAAGGGUUGUUAGCUAGCGACGAGUCUCCAGCAUCUUUAGAAAAACGAUUCGAUGAACUCAACAUCGAAAACAGUGAAACCACUCGGCGUGAUUAUCGGCAAAUGCUAUUCACAGCUGACAAGUCUAGACUCUCCAAAUACAUUAGCGGUGUUAUUCUGCACCACGAGACAGUUUAUCAGAAAACCACGGACGACAUUGAGUUCAUCGAGCUGCUACGCCAAAGAAAUGUCGUACCCGGCAUUAAGGUCGACAGAGGUUUGGUCCAGCUAUUUGGCACCAAGGACGAAAACACCACGGAAGGCUUGGACAGUUUGCAAGAGAGAUGCAUUCAAUAUAAACGAGAUGGUUGCCACUUCGCCAAAUGGCGAUGCACGUACACGAUCUCAGAGAGCACGCCGAGUCAACUGGCCAUGGCUGCGAAUGCGAACGUCCUUGCAAGAUACGCCAGUAUAUGUCAGAGUGCACGAAUCGUACCAAUCGUAGAACCGGAAAUAUUGAAUACCGGUAAUCAUGGAAUAAAUAGGGCAUUAGAAGUCCACGAAGAUGUGUUGUCUAUUUUAUUUCGCGCUUUGAACGAACAUCGUGUCUAUCUUGAAGGGAUAAUUCUAAAACCAGCGAUGGUUUUGUCAGGAAUACAGAAUACCAUGAAUUGCACAUCUCAGAUUGUUGCCGAGUAUACGUUAACAGCUUUGGAGAGGACAGUGCCCCCAGCAGUGCCAGCGGUUUUAUUUUUGAGCGGCGGACAGUCGGAUACAGAUUCCGUUUUAAAUUUGAACGCUAUCAAUACUUACGAAGGAAAGAAACCAUGGACGCUCAGCUUCUGUUACGGACGUGCUUUACAAAACGAAGCGAUGAAAGUUUGGAGUGGAAAUGCAGAAAAUAUUGAGAAAGCUCAAGAAACCUUUCUAGAGAGGGCAAAACUUUGCUCUGAAGCGGCUUUAGGACAAGCGCAACUAAAUAAUGGUGUAUGCACCAGGAGAAAAACAAACUCUUUGUAGACAAUUAUAGAAAUCAUUUAAGCUAUACAUAUUAAAUUAUUGUUUUAUGAUUUUCU